UGAGGACAGCCAUUUGGGGAAUGAGGAGUAAGGUAGAUUUGUACAGAAUGGAUAGUCUGCCUGACAGGGUAAGCGUAAUAAUCCACAAAAGGUAAGCGUAAUAAUCCUUAAGGCCUGGUAAAAUGUGGCUUCUUUUCCUUUUAGGUGUUACCUGCAUUCAUGUCCAGAAAGGAAUGACUCUUCAAACCCUAACUCUAGGAUUAGAGACAUUUGCAAAGGUCCAACCAGGAUCCUAAGGUCCAGCCCUGUGGGGAUGAAUCUCAUUUGAGUCAUAAAACAGAAAAGAGGGCAGGAAGACAUUUUCAGGUGUAUUUGUAAAUUAUUAAAGCAUAUUUGUGUAUGACAGAAUAGAUCUUUCCCACAGUGAGGUUGUUUCUAUUUAUGUAAUAGGUGAAUUGGGUUGGCUGUCCUGAAGUUUGCCAAGACCAGGAUGUGAGGCAUUAGAGUGUAUUGGGCUGUGCCCUGUAAAGUUGUGGCAAACCCAAGGCUUCCAUCCCUGUGUUUGCUCCAUCCCUUGCCCCCUUUCCUGAAGCCUGCCAUGGUAAAGGGCACAAGGAAACUUCCACUGACCCCAUAUAGAAGGGUGCAUUAUCCUGCACAUUUCCUUCCAAGGAACAAAUACUUGUUUGGGGGUAGAACAAAUACUUGUUUUUAACUGAGUGGAAAAUUAGGCCAUUUUAAAAGGAGCCCAUCAAUUUGAGACUGGUGGCUUCGGUCACGUGGCGGAAGUGGCCUUGUUUGCGCCUAGUGAUGACGUCGCCGCAAUGCCCCGAGGAGGGAUUGGCCAAGGCCGGGCUCUGAGUGAUGAGGCUCCCCUCUCGAGAGCAAGGCGGAAGUGUGGGGUGGAGGCGGGAGAGGCGAGGAUCGCGAUGAGUGGUCUCGGCAUGCUCUUCGGGAGAGGGAAGAAGGAGAAGGGGCCAACCCCUGAAGAGGCAAUACAGAAACUGAAGGAGACGGAGAAGAUACUGAUCAAGAAACAGGAGUUUCUGGAGCAAAAAAUUCAACAGGAGCUACAGACAGCCAAGAAACAUGGGACCAAGAAUAAGAGAGCUGCCCUGCAGGCUUUGCGGAGGAAAAAAAGAUUGGAACAGCAGCUGGCACAAACCGAUGGGACACUGUCCACCCUGGAGUUUCAGCGUGAAGCCAUUGAGAAUGCCACUACCAAUACAGAAGUGCUUCGCACCAUGGAGCUUGCUGCGCGAGGCAUGAAGAAGGCCUACCAGGAUAUGGACAUUGACAAGGUAGAUGAACUGAUGGCAGACAUCACAGAACAACAGGAGAUAGCCCAGCAGAUCUCAGAUGCCAUAUCUCGGCCUGUGGGCUUUGGAGAUGAUGUGGAUGAGGAUGAACUGUUGGAGGAGCUAGAGGAGCUGGAGCAGGAGGAAUUGGCCCGAGAGUUGUUAAAUGUGGAUGACAAGAAGGAAGAACCCCCAGUCGAACUGCCCAGUGUACCCUCUACCCAUCUGCCUGCCGAGCCAGGUCCCGCUGCCACAAGGAUGAGAAUCCUAGGGCACCCUCGAAGUUGGAGCUGCCUGUGGUUGCCAGUCCUGCUGCUGCUCUUGGGCACAGGCCGUCAGCCAGGAGUGGAAGGCGUGACACACUACAAGGCCGGCGACCCCGUCAUUCUCUAUGUCAACAAAGUAGGACCCUACCAUAACCCGCAGGAGACUUACCACUACUACCAGCUUCCAGUCUGCUGCCCUGAGAAGAUACGUCACAAAAGCCUUAGCCUGGGUGAAGUGCUGGAUGGGGAUCGCAUGGCCGAGUCUUUGUACGAGAUCCGCUUUCGGGAGAAUGUGGAGAAGCGAAUUCUGUGCCACAUGCAGCUCAGUUCUGCUCAGGUGGAGCAGCUGCGUCAGGCCAUUGAGGAACUGUACUACUUUGAAUUUGUGUUAGAUGACUUGCCAAUCCGUGGCUUUGUGGGCUACAUGGAGGAGAGUGGCUUCCUACCACAUAGCCACAAGAUAGGACUCUGGACCCAUUUGGACUUCCACCUAGAAUUCCAUGGAGAUCGAAUUAUAUUUGCCAAUGUCUCAGUGCGGGACGUGAAGCCCCACAGCUUGGAUGGUUUACGGCCUGACGAGUCCCUAGGCCUCACGCACACUUACAGUGUGCGCUGGUCAGAGACAUCAGUGGAGCGUCGGAGUGACAGGCGCCGGGGUGAUGAUGGUGGUUUCUUUCCCCGAACACUGGAAAUCCACUGGUUGUCUAUCAUCAACUCCAUGGUGCUUGUGUUUUUAUUGGUGGGUUUUGUGGCUGUCAUUCUUAUGCGUGUGCUUCGUAAUGACCUGGCUCGGUACAACUUGGAUGAGGAGACGACCCCUGGAGGUUCUGGUGAUGACUUUGACCAGGGUGACAAUGGCUGGAAAAUUAUCCAUACGGAUGUCUUCCGCUUCCCUCCAUACCGUGGUCUGCUCUGUGCUGUGCUUGGCGUGGGUGCCCAAUUCCUGGCCCUUGGCACUGGCAUUAUUGUCAUGGCGCUGCUGGGCAUGUUCAACGUGCACCGCCACGGGGCCAUUAACUCGGCGGCCAUCUUGUUGUACGCCCUGACCUGCUGCAUCUCUGGCUACGUGUCCAGCCACUUCUACCGGCAGAUUGGAGGCGAGCGAUGGGUGUGGAACAUCAUUCUCACCACCAGUCUCUUCUCUGUGCCUUUCUUCCUGACAUGGAGUGUGGUAAAUUCAGUGCAUUGGGCCAACGGUUCGACACAGGCUCUGCCAGCCACCACUAUCCUGCUGCUCCUGACGGUUUGGCUGCUGGUGGGCUUUCCCCUCACUGUCAUUGGAGGCAUUUUUGGGAAGAACAACGCUAGCCCCUUUGAUGCACCUUGUCGCACCAAGAACAUUGCCCGGGAGAUCCCUCCCCAGCCCUGGUACAAGUCCACUCUCAUCCACAUGACUGUUGGAGGCUUCUUGCCUUUCAGUGCCAUCUCUGUGGAGCUGUACUACAUCUUUGCCACAGUAUGGGGUCGGGAGCAGUAUACAUUGUACGGCAUCCUCUUCUUCGUCUUCGCCAUCCUGCUGAGUGUGGGGGCUUGCAUCUCCAUUGCACUCACCUACUUCCAGUUGUCCGGGGAGGAUUACCGCUGGUGGUGGCGAUCUGUGCUGAGUGUUGGCUCCACAGGGCUCUUCAUCUUCCUCUACUCGGUUUUCUACUAUGCCCGGCGCUCCAACAUGUCAGGGCCAGUACAGACAGUAGAGUUCUUUGGCUACUCCUUACUCACUGGUUACGUCUUCUUCCUCAUGUUGGGCACCAUCUCCUUUUUUUCUUCCCUAAAGUUCAUCCGUUAUAUCUAUGUUAACCUCAAGAUGGACUGAGUUCUGGGUGGCAGAACUAUUGCUCUUCUCUCCUAAGCCCUUUCUUCACACCCCACUGAUCUUUUCUACCAGCUUCUCUUCUGACCGAGUGAGUGAACUAUGUGAUGACAUUAUCGCCUUCCCCUUUGCCCUCUGGGCCUCCCUUCCCCAGAGAGGGCCUGGAUAUGCUAAAUCUCUAUUAUAUAAGGAGUAUAUAUUUGAACUUUUUAAGUUGCCUUUAGUUUUGGUCCUGAUUUUUCUUUUUACCAGUAUCAAAAUAAAAUUUAUUAAGAAAAUGGA